AAGUUCAGUGGCAUUAGCGUCAAUUCAUCACUCUGUGUAUGCUCGUGUCGAAACGUGAUAGGUCGAUUUAAGGAUACUCGUACUGAUGCGUGGCACGAGAUGAGAAACAGAGAUAGUUUAAAAGCGGAGGCGCUAGAGGGACUGAGGGAGCAAGCCAAACUCUGCCAUGGCUUCACCACCACCACCGUCAUGUCGGUGGUCGUGCGGGACAAGGAGCUACUCGUACUCGAGAAAAUUGUCUUAUUCUAUCGUGUUCUCAUUUCACGAAACUCCGUCAAAGCGCUGUCGUUUUCGAAUUCUCUCUCUGCACAACUCCCCGUCAGGAGUACCAUCCUCAUCAUCGAAUCCUCUUGGUGAUGAAAAUCCCAGGUCUAGAUCUGGGGCUGAUUUCGGGAGCCGGAAGCAGGCCGAGCUCAGUAAUAAUAGUCCAAAUAGCAUCACCUCCAAGGUUUCGGCGGGUUCCAUCCAAAUAAAUCGGUCGCGGAAGAAACAAACCCAGCGAUCUCUGUGGCGAAGGAUUUUUUUCGCGUCGAAGAAAGUCAGGAGUAUAAUUUUGCUCAAUGUCCUUACGCUUAUCUAUGCAAGUGAUAUUCCGGUUUUGAAAGAAAUUGAAGCCAUCGUGGAUCCAGCAUCCUUCACUGUUGUGCGAUUUGUUGCUUGUGCCAUUCCAUUCCUCCCAUUUGUAUUAAAAUCCCGAGGUGAUAUUCACACUCGCAAUGCAGGGAUAGAGUUAGGUUUUUGGGUUAGUCUAGGAUACCUUAUGCAGGCUCUUGGACUUCUAACAUCUGAUGCUGGGCGUGCGUCCUUUAUAUCUACGCUCACUGUAAUUGUGGUUCCCUUGCUUGAUGGUAUGUUAGGGGCAACAGUUCCUGCCCAUACCUGGUUUGGAGCUCUUAUGUCCAUCAUAGGAGUUGCAAUGCUGGAGUCCAGUGGAUCUCCUCCAAGUGUUGGAGAUUUACUCAACUUCUUAAGUGCAGUGUUUUUUGGUGUACAUAUGCUAAGAACCGAACACAUUUCAAGGACCACGCACAAAAAGAAAUUCUUACCUCUUCUUGGGUUUGAGGUAUGUGUUAUUGCCCUCUUUUCAACAAUAUGGUAUUUUUCCCAAGGCUGGUUUGGGGGCAUCCAAGACUCUAGUCCAUCGUCUUGGACAUGGACCGUCUUUUGGGAUUGGAUGGUUACAUUUCCAUGGAUUCCUGCACUUUAUACAGGCAUAUUGACGACGGGGUUAUGCUUAUGGAUAGAGAUGUCUGCAAUGCGUGAUGUAUCAGCCACCGAAACUGCAAUUAUUUACGGCUUGGAGCCUGUUUGGGGUGCUGGCUUUGCCUGGUUUCUCCUUGGUGAAAGGUGGGGUGCCAUUGGAUGGAUCGGGGCUGCCCUUGUGCUUGGUGGAAGCUUAACAGUACAGAUACUCGCAUCAUCACCAAGUCAGUCUGAUGUCAAUGAAGGGCUGAUAGAGAGAGCUGAUCUGUUAUCAGAUAAGAAAAAUGGUCUCUCUACCACCCCAGUUGUUAUUAGUUCCAACGAUAACCGUCGUAAUCUUUUAAAGUAAUAUCGCGGGUAACUCCUUCCCUCUACUUGAUUUAGUUGUAUCAUCUUGUAGUCUUAUAGUCUUUGAUCUAUAGCCACUUUUAAAUGGCUGUUAAAUGCCUCAAAAGGCUCUUUGCCUUGAAUGUAUAUAAAGUAAUGUUUACAUAUAGAUACUCCUAUACAAAUAUAUAAUGGAAUUGGAUAUGGGCAAUACUGUAAGUGUAUCAUGAAUUCAUGACUGGUAUUUGAAAUGUAAUUCUACAUCUUGUGUACUAUUUUGAGCUAUUAAGUAUGAAUAUUCUUUGGAGAA